AUGGACACCAACAUCAUGGAAGAGAAGUCGCUGCCAGCGCGCGAGAAAGACGAUCGGGGAAGCUCCCAACCAACUCCUAACGCGCGAAGUGUCGGCCUGUUCAAGUCUCUUAUCAUCAUAUUCUCUUUUACCUCCAAGUUGGAUUAUGUACUCCUUGUUUUGCCCGCUUUUCUUCUAUCUGUGCUGUCCGGUCUUUUACCCGCUUACAUGACAAUAUUGGUCGGACAAGCAUUCCAAUUAUUCGCCGAUUAUACCAUUGCGACGACGGGUGCACCCGACUCUCCGGCUAUCAUCGCGCAGGCCAAGGAUACCUUGCGGCAGAAAAUCGGAGAAGUGGCUAUCAAACUCGUCUGCCUAGGCGGUGCAACCUUCCUUCUGAGUCUGGUCACGCAUACACUCUGGGCUAUCAACGGCUCCAAGAUAUGCGAAAAGAUUCAGGCAGCCGUCUACGAUUCGGUCUCCCAGAGAGAGCUCGGCUGGUUCGAAAAUGGAAUGAAAACAAGAUACCAAUUUUCGGGCGAAGAGUCCGCAAACAAGGACAGUUGUCCAACAGAUGAUCGUUCUGCGACCUCUCAAUCCCCAGCUGGCCUUAUGGCUCGGUUUGCCAGGCAAACCGAAGAUAUCCGAGCAGCGAUUUCUGGACGUAUGGGGAUGAUCAUUCAGUACACCGUAACUCUCCUAGUGAACACAAUCCUCGCUUUUACCAAGUCUUACAAGCUUAGCCUCGUCAUCCUUUGUACGAUACCCGUCGUGACCAUCCUGACGGCACUAUCGGCUAAAUUGACGGGACCCUUAUUCCAAAAACACAGUUUCCUUGAAUCUGCGCUGUCUACGGAAAUUGGAAGGAUGGUCAAAACGAUCUCAAUCGUCAAAGCUUUCAGCGCACAGCCUCUCGAGAUAGUCAAGCUGGUCCGCUUGUCCUCCCAGCUUUCUAAAAAUUACGUCGCUUUCGUGCGCAUUUUGGCCGUCCGUUUGGGCAUUUGCCAAUGCCUCUCUCUUUUGAUGUUCGUACAAGGCUUCGGCUUCGGCUCCAAGUUGAUAACCGCUCAAGAAGUUACAACGGGGGACGUCAACACCGUCUUCUGGUCUUGUCUAGUCGCAAGUUCGUAUCUGCAAAUGCUCAUGCCAAUGCUAACCUUCCUCGAGAAAGCCCAGCUGGCAAUCCUGAACUUGAUCGCGCUCAUGGAUCAAUCCUCGGGUUCAUUGAGUCCCAAAUCGCUGGAAGAAGCCGUGAUGACUGACUACACCUCUGACACGACCAAGCCACCGAACGGCAAGUCUGAUUCGCCUCCGAAGUUGGUGCCAUUGAGCACGAUGCAACAAUCGAAACGCCGGUCUCGUGGCUUAAUCCACUCUUGGUCGCCUACUGCAUCCACGGUCACAUCUUCGUCGACGAAUAACUUGAACGGAGAAAAGCUCAGAAACGCCCACAAAAUUUCAUCAUGCGGCGCGCUUCCAACCCAGUCAAUGAUCUCUAAUGCGCAACAAGUUCGCGCCCGAACUCAACCCGCGCCUCCGGAAUGGCGUCUGUCCCGAAAAACACGCAUGAGACACCUAAGGAAGCUGAUACCAGCAGAUUUCAAGGGACAGCUCGAAUUGAAGGCUGUUACUUUCUAUUAUCCAUCGAAUGAGCCGACAUUUUACAAUUUCCCACCCAAAGCCUCAACGUUAAUCACUCAAACUCCGAACAAACCCAACCUAGAUGACGUAUCAAUGUUUUUCCCCUCAGGAGAUUUCACAUUCAUAAUCGGAGAGUCAGGCAGUGGCAAAUCAACCAUCAGCGCUGUCCUCAUGGGCUUGUAUCCUAUCAUGAAAGGUUCAGUUGAGGCUGAUGAGCUUGGGUCGAUUGGCUGGCUAGACCCUAACUGGUACCGAAAUCAAUUCUGCCUUGUCAGUGGACUCACCUCGAUGUUUCUGCUGCCUGGGACUCUUCACGAAAACAUUGCGAUCGGUGUAGGAAGUACUCGUGACUGGCGCAGCGUCUCGCGACUAGAGGUCGUUCGUGCCGCCAAGUUUGCGCUUUUGCAUGAAUUCAUAAGCGACUUGCCCCAAGGUUACGAUACCAAAUUGGAUUCCGAAACAGACGAACAAACAUCUGGGAAUGAGCUUCCAAGCGGCGCAACUGGUUCGAAGGGAGUUCAGAGUCUCAGUGGAGGGCAGAAGCAAAGGCUCGGUCUGGCACGCGCUUGGAUUCGCAACGCCCCUAUCUUAAUCCUUGACGAAGCUACCUCGGCGUUAGACUUGACAACCCAGGCUCUGAUGUAUGAUGCAAUUCGACAAUGGCGGAGCAACAAAACUACCAUCUGCAUAACACACGACCUGAAACCCAUUGGACCCAAAGACUAUGUGUAUGUUAUGCAAGCUGGUCGAAUUGUCCUGAGCGAUUAUCGAUACAAGCUUGAAGGCCAAUCCCUCAGCACCAGCCUUUUCAAGCAAAUGGCAAGAAAAUCACCGAUGGUAAUCGCAUCAAAGGUCAAGUUUGAAUCUAGCCGUCCACGAAUGUCUGAUCAAACUUGGGAGACGAUCGACACAUCUGAACUACAAGAGCUCGAAGAGAUAGCUGCUAACGGGCAUAUCACGUUUUCUGUACCUCCAAAUGACGGUCUUGGCUCUCAGUCAAAUAACCUCCCUGGAUCACGAAAGAGGAUGACGUUUUUGGAUGGUUUUAUUCACGCCCUGAAAUCUGACGGAAGUUUCCUCGGCCCUCAGCAAAGUGGGCUUGCCCCGGGAUUUUCCUCCCCUCAGAAUGCAUGGCGACGUUCAGCUCGCCGUGCACCACCAGAGGAGGAAGAUUCCACUCGAGAACGACGUCCCUCGCUCCGAUCUAGUUUUUCCGCCGAGGAAUUGACCAAAAACUCCUCACAGAAGCCGCGCGGUUCCAGAUAUUCGAGGUACUCGAUGGAUCUAUUCAAAUUGAAUGGUGGCCAGCAUGCAGGAAGUAAGACCAGAAGGUCUAAAGUUCUAAGUACAGUGGAGCAAGAGGAUGAUGAAUACCGAGAGUUCACUGCCUCCGUCAUGCUACAAGCGAGUAAGAUAGCCUCCAGUCGUAGAAACCAACUCAACAGCCAGAUCGACUGUAAUCCAGAAAGCGCCGAGAAGUUGACUCCAGAGCGAAGGAAAAAAUGGUCGCCUGAGGAAUUAGCAAACGUAGAAAGCGAUCGUCCAGGAGUGCCUCAUGAACCCAAAUACAGAUUCGGCUGCAAAACCCAUCACAAAAUCGACAUCCCCACUUCCACCUCCUCGACCUGGUCCAUUCCUCAACUCUUCAAGAAUAUCGCACCCACACUAAAUCAAAAAUGGCUAACUUUGUUUGGAUGUCUGGUUAGCAUAGCUUCGGGCACAAUGACACCCCUAUUUUCUGUCGUCUUGGGAAACCUAUUGGGCAAAAUUGCCAACCCACCUCCUGGCUUUCUUCUCAAAAACUCGAUAUAUAUCAUUGUUAUCGCAAUCGCAGACGGCAUUCUAGCGUUUUUGAGAGUAUUCAUCAUGGAAAAAUCAAGCACGAUGUGGCUCGAGAGCAUGCGGAGUGUCGCGUUUGAAAAAAUCGUUUUGCAAGAUCAAGAGUGGUUCGAUCAGACUCAAAACUCUCCGGCAAACUUAAUUAAUCGCUUGAUCAAAGACGGUGCCGAUUGCAAAGAUCUCAUUGGGCAAAUAUUAGCGGACAUUUUGACCGUUCUCACCCUAAUUACGCUUACUUUUGUUUGGGCUUUAGUCAUAGGUUGGCAAUUAACACUUGUGGGCUUGUCGUUAGCGCCAGUAUUCUUCUUCAUCGUAGGUGGGAGUGGGAAGCUUAGCUCCAAGUUUGAGCUUCUCAACAAAAUCUUAAGAGAACAAGUUGCGAACCAGUUUCAUCUGACCAUCAGUAAUACCAAAGCGAUCCGCGCAAUGUCCCUGGAACCUCUCAUGCGAGAACGAUUCAUCGAGUCUUCAAUCAAGUCUCGAAAGAUGUUCAUCCGGUCCGCUCCUCUGCAUGGUAUUUCAUCUGGAUUGAAUAUUGCCAUGACGUACCUGGCCGACGGUUUAUUAUUCUAUGUCGGAGCGGUACUGGUGAUAAAAGGCCUUUACACGUUUGAAAAGUUACUGCAAGUUUUCUCAUUGAUAAUAUUUUCAGUAACUUUUGCUGGACAAAUCGUUGGUAGCGUUCCCUCCUUUUCAAAAUCAGUAAGGGCUUCAAUGGACCUGAUACGACUAGUCUCAUUGCCAAUUGGAUCCAAAGAAACAAAAGGCGACCUUAGAAUACCACUCAUGGGCCAAAUAGAAUUUCGACAAGUUGAUUUCACUUAUCCAUCAAGACCAGACGUUCCAGUUCUGAAGGGUGUAUCAUUUGUGGUUCAGCCGGGUGAAUGUGUUGGUAUUGUAGGAGCUUCUGGUUCCGGAAAAUCGACCAUUGCCGCCUUACUCCACCGACUUUAUGAGCCCAAUUCGGGCUCUGUCAGACUGGAUGGAUUCAAUAUCUCCCAGAUUGAUGCGCGUCAUGUGAGGGAACAAGUCGGCAUGGUCACUCAGCAUGCAGUCCUCUUUAACGCAACGGUAUUCGAAAAUAUAUCUUAUGGCCACAUGCCUCGCACUCGAGCCGGUAACAACUCGGAAAACAUGAAAAAACACAUAAUCAAGACUGAAGUUGAACCCGUAAUAGAGCAGGUACAUCUUACUGAGUUUGUGGAUCGACUUCCUCUCAAGUUGGACACCAAGAUUGGCGAGAACUCCGAUCUAAUUUCCUCUGGUCAAGCCCAGAGACUCUCGAUAGCUCGUACACUCUUGAACAAGAACCGGAAGAUUUUAGUCUUUGACGAAUGUACUUCCGCCUUGGAUGCCAUCAAUCAAACAGAAAUACUCAAGACCAUUAUGGAGAUCAAGAUCGGCAAAACCUCUGUAAUCAUUACCCACAAGGAGGACGUCAUGAAACUCUGCGAUAGACUCAUCGUGAUGGACAGGGGUCAUAUUGUCGAGCAAGGAACUUAUCAGGAACUUAUUGUCAAGCAGAACGGCUUCUUGAGUACUCUGAGUAAAUGUGGGGAGUAUACCGUAUGA